AUGGAAAGCCAGAGAAACAUCUCAGAAUUCAUCCUUUUAGGACUUUCUUAUAAUCAGAACAUACAAAUAUUUUGCUUUGCACUCUUCUUAUUUUGUUAUGUUGCUCUCUUGGUAGGAAACCUUGUGAUUCUUGUCUCUAUUUUAUGUAGCCCCCUUUUUCACCAACCGAUGUAUUAUUUCCUCACCCAUUUAUCUUCUAUGGACAUCUUCUAUACCUCUAGUGUUACCCCCAAAUUAAUUGGUGACUUGCUAAGAGGGACAAAGACCAUUUCCUAUAGUAGUUGCAUGUUGCAGGCUUUUACCAUGCACUUCUUUGGAGGUAUUGAGAUCUUUAUUAUAACUGCCAUGGCAUUUGAUCGCUAUGUUGCCAUCUGCAAACCUCUCCACUACAUGAUUAUCAUGAACAGGACAAGGUGCAAUCUCCUAGUUUUAGCUGCUUGGGCUGGGGGUGCUGUGCAUUCAUUUCCUCAGUUGUCCAUGACAAUUAGUUUACCCUUCUGUGGCCCUAACAAAAUUGAUCACUAUUUUUGUGAUAUUUUCCCUUUGCUAAAAGUUGCCUGCACUAAUACUUACAUCACUGGUGUCCUUGUGGUCGCCAAUUCAGGUAUGGUUGCCUUAGUUACCUUUGUUGUUCUAUUUGUUUCUUAUGUCAUUAUAUUAUUCACAUUAAGAAAUCACUCAGCUGAGGGAAGACGCAAAGCCCUUUCUACCUGUGGGUCUCAUAUCACUGUGGUCAUUUUAUUUUUUGGACCUUCCAUAUUUAUCUACCUUAGACCUCCUAUCACUUUCCCUGAGGAUAAGGUAUUUGCACUUUUUUACACAAUCAUUGCUCCUAUGUUCAAUCCCUUAAUCUACACUUUGAGAAAUACAGAGAUGAAAAGAACUAUGAGAAAAGUUUGGUGUCAGACAUUGUUUCCAAAGAAAGCACACAGUUCAUUUACAGAAGCUUAUCGACUUAACAAUUUCAUAAAGAAAAGAACUAGGUAA